AUGGCAGAUCACGUGAUCCUGAUCAAGCAAAGCAUGACCUGGGUGGACGCCUUAGAUUACUGCAGAGACAAUCACCGUAACCUGGUCUCCAUCACCAGCCUCAACCAGCAGAGGUGGGUCCAAGAGAAAGCCAAGCAGGCCGACUCUGACUACGUCUGGCUGGGACUGCGCUACACCUGCACUCUGGACUUCUGGUUCUGGGUCACUGACCAGGCGGUCCACUACAAUAACUGGAACUCAAGAGUGACGACGGAUGACUGUGACAUGUCCGGAGCCAUGGACCGCACAGGAGAACAUAAGUGGGUCAAAAAGAAUGACGAGGAGAAGUUUAAUUUCAUCUGUUUCAAGUAAAAACCUUCUCUGCUCGCUGGCAGCAGACACUUUGUUUAUUUACUCACUUUGUUUGCAGUGGUGUGACGUUUAAACAAUAUAUUUGAUGAUGAUUGAAAGGCAUUCUGGGAAAUGUAGGAAUCUGUUGGAACUACCAACAGACUUUCUAAUAGCAGAUUCUAACUUGAGAGAAAUUAGCUUCAUGAAAGUCUGUUACAAAAUAUCACAAGAUCAGUGAGGAUGUGACAGUGUAACAGGUUUUUCUGUCUCCUUGUUCUGUUACAGGAACACCUGAAUGAUCUCUGUGUUAUUUUAUCAAGUUGUUGCUUUACUCUCAUUUAAUGUGUGGAUUUUUAUUGUUAUUAAUCUUAUGAGG